UUGAACUUGUUUCAUUAUGACGCUCAACUUGCCUCUCCUUACCCUAUCGGACAAUGUGUGGAGAGUAGGUGACGACAAAUCUCCACGUUUUCAAACGUCCAUUUUUUCACAAAUGAAGCGUGCCGGAAGUUUGACUCGCGAUCGGAAAAUCUGUUUUGAAAAGUGCAUUUUUGACCGGAAAAAUUUGGAAAAUGGCAUGCUGCAUUCCAUUUACUUCGUGUUUUACCGGCUGGUUCACCAAAUCUAGCUCGAACGUUGUUCGGCCGCAGUAUUCAGUCUCCCCGGCGGCAACUGCCCGCAAUCGCAACAAACUACGUCAAUGCGCUUGCGGCGGCCAUCAUGGGGGGCGAUUUGCGGAACCCGUCACAGUUCCCACUAAAACGGGCCGCCUGAAAAAGAUUCUGCGUGAUAAGCGUUCGCGGAAGGAGGAAGAGAAAGCACCGCUGCCGGAACCGUGCACCGUAUCGCAGCUGCCUGCGGGAGUUCUGAAGCAUUGGGCUCCCCAAAGCCGCUGCUGCGAGGAAGUGAUGGAGGAAAUCCGCUUGAGUUCGAUGGGUGGCGAUUCGGAUGCUUCCCCGGUGGAACCGGGGGCCAAUGAUAACGAGAAGCGCGAUAUGUUGGCACGGUUCCGGAGCUUGUUCGUCAAGCAAAAAACACCGGAAGAGCUGGAAAUGGAAGCCUUGAGAAAAGAACGGAAAGCGGUAAUCAAAUAUCUCAAGUGGGUGGGUCUCUAUGACCAGCGCAUGUCUUACGAGCACAUGAAGAAACUCAAAACCGUCACCGAAGACGCCCUGGAAUCGGAACGGCAAAAAGUGGAAAUCGAAAUGAAAGAACUUGAACGCCCAAAAGAUGCGUCCGUGCUUGAAUCCGGUCCGGAAAACGUUCCCGGGACUGAGCAACCAACCGUCCCGAAGAUUGAACCGGUGGCAGUUUCGGAAGAGAAAUCCGAACAGUUUGUGGUGCCCAGGCCAGAGGGUCCACUGGAGGAGACCGAUGGUACAGUUAUUCAUCCCGGAACGGGACUACCUGUCUCGGCGCCCAUUGACCUCCCCAGUACGGUUUGGCAUUUGCCCAUGCCAUUUGUCCCGAUUAUCAAAGAUAACAUGUUGUUGCACAUUCUACCAGGUGAUGUUCCGUGCAUCCAGUGCAAUCCGGAAGCGAUCGUGGUCCAAGCCGAGAUACACCCGGAACCCAAAACGGAUGAGGCAAUGGAACCGAUGAACGAGGACAAAGGCGUCGAACAACCGGUGGCAGAAAUGGCGAACGAAGUGCGACCACCUCCUCUUCCGGCCAAGAUCAAGCCCCGUGUCGUAGGUUUUGUGCUGAAACCGGGAGUUACCCUCGAAGAUUUGGACGCAAUCGAAGUCGACCCGCACUACAAUCCGUCGGAGGUGGGGGAAGAGCAGGACCGAGCGAAUCCGAUGAAGCCCUUCAAAGAUUAUUUCACCCCGAAGCCGUUGCAGAAUUUGCGAUGGACUUUCGGGCAUCCGUAAGUUAUUACGCAACGAUUGCCUAUUUGGUGGAAUUGAAGAAUUUUGCUUUAAGAGAAACUAAUAAUUUGUAAGUAUCUAUGCCAUGUAUCAUAGCUGUAAGAUAGACCAAAACCGUUGAUUGUAAUUGUCGAUAUUGACUAAAUUGAACAUGUUUUAAGAAACAGAAAUUUGCUCUUG